AAUGGCGAAUACUGAAGUUCCGAACUAUGAUAAACAAGAAGGCGAAGAAGAAAUUAAAGUUAAAAUAAUAUGUUUAGGUGACAGUGCCGUUGGAAAAUCUAAGUUGGUUGAACGCUUCCUGAUGGAUGGCUACAAACCUCAACAACUAUCAACAUAUGCACUGACACUCUUUAAUUAUAAGAUGGAAUUGAACGGACAGAAAGUCUCAAUCGAUUUUUGGGACACGGCUGGUCAGGAAAGGUUCAGUAACAUGCACCCAUCAUAUUACCACCAAGCUCAUGCCUGUAUCAUGGCAUUUGAUGUCAGUCGGAAGAUAACGUAUAAGCACUUACCUGAUUGGUUAAAAGAGUUGCGGGAAUACAGACCUGAAAUUCCAUGUUUGUGUGCAGCUAAUAAAAUAGAUAUUGAUUAUGGAAUAACAAAAAAAAGUUUCAACUUUGCCAAGAAACAUAAUAUGCCAUUUUAUUUUGUGUCUGCAUCUGAUGGGACAAAUGUGGUGAAGCUAUUCAAAGAUGCUAUUCGAGCAGCAGUAGCCUAUAAGAACAACUCAACAGACUUCAUGGAUGUUCUCUUUAAGGAACUGGAGAACUUUGAACUGGAGACUGACAAAGAUAAAGAAGCUGCAGAAAAUACUCCUGACAGCGGUUUGAAUUCCCCAACUGAAGAGAAGUCCGAAACUAACACCAUGUCUUGAGGCUGGCUUUACUUAUGUGUUGAUCGUAAUCUCUGUAAUACAUUGUCGGGUGAUACUCACUGCACACUAUCAGGGACACAAUUUAUCUCCAACAUCUGUGAUAUAUGAACUUUUAAGUCACAGUUAGGUGGACUACAUUCCAUGCUGCAAAACAUGAUAUAUAUUUAUGUGUCAUGGUGUUAGUAACUGUUUUAUUGCACCCUGUAAUUUUCAUUGCUACAAAUUAUAUUUAAAGCUUUCACAGAAUAGAAAAUUUAACUUAUUUAUAUUAUUAUCAAAACAAAAGUUUUAAAAAUAAUUUGCCUUGAUAGUGAUAUAAAUAAUACACAACUGCAUUCAUCUAUAAUUAUAAUGUAUGAUGUUAUAAAGACUUUAAAAAUAUAGAUUUUUAACUUUCUCUCAGGCUUACAGAUGCACCAAGAUAUAGUUUAUUUAUCUAGUCAUAUGUCUUAGUUAAAUGUAAAUUUAAAACUAAAGUCAUUUGCCUUUUGACACAAAUCUUCAAAUAUUUUUGAUGUUGUGGUGAUUUCAUAAAUAUAUUCAGGGAAUAUUUUAUGUUUUACAUUUUGACUUGCAAGUGAACUAACCAACAGAAAUUGAUUAGUAGCGACUAUUUACAUUUUAAAAUUGUGUAGUGAUCUCUGAAUCUUGCAUAUUGAAUUUAAUUCGCCAGUGAGACUUGCGAAAAUGACGUGUAAACGAAACCAUUGUUCUCACCAUUGUGGGAGGCCUGCAUUCUUUUCCUUUGGCAUAAUGAGCUUGUCUCUCUCCCAUUGAUGCCCCAAGAUCCCAUCCUCCUGAUAGCAUUUGGCACUGACUCUUGCUGCAUGUAUGUAUGUUAUGUACCCAUCCCCAUUUAAGAAAUUGAUUUAAUCUCUACCAUAACAUACAAUCCAGAGAAUUGCCAGUAUGCAAAUACUCCAAAUAUUAGAUACUGACGACAAAGCCAAAGUGUAAGAAUUAGUUUUUAAAAUAGUGAAAACAACACAAAACACAAUUUGAUGCAAGUGUAUUUUGAAAGUAUAACCAUUUGUCAAAAUAUGAACACAGUACUCAAUAAUUACCAUCAAAGAUACUGAACUUCAUUCAAAAACCACCACUCACUUUUCAGUUGCUAUUUCUAUCGGGUGUGGUGGGGUUAUUUCUUGCCAAUCAGAAUACAUCCAGUUAUACAAAAUCAGCUAAAUGUAGUUUUUCUUUUUUUAUCUUGUAUCCUUUACACAAGUAAAGAAAUCUGACUGGUGUGUUUUCGGCAGAGUUCAGUAUAUGUACAUCACGGUUCACAACCGGUACGCUGGGUCAAAUGAGUGAUUUCAACUGAAAAUGCUUACAGUAUACUUUCUUUUGAUCGUCCACAUAUUUUAUAUUAGGUGAUAAAUAAAUGUAUGUUUCUACCAAUUUACGCUCUUAAAUUGUGGUAAAAGUGUAGAAUCCUUUCGUAGUGCAUCUUGGAAUUCUUAAAUCUAUGUUUUGUUGUCCAGUGAAUGUCGGUCUGCGCAACAGUGUUCACAUAUUGACCAGUGUUGAAAGAUUUACUUUCUCUUAUUCCGUCCGUCAUGCUUGUUUCAAAGUGUUCUUCAUCUCAUGUCAUGUAUGCUGACCUUCAUUAUUAUACUUGACUACAUUCCAUACAUAUUUGAUAGAUGUUUAUGCAAAAUAAAGAAUCUUUAUCUUUUUGUCUUUUAAAGAAAUAAAUUUUGCCAUCUUUGUUGAAUAUACAAAUACUAGUAGCAUGAAAUAAAUUCAGAUCUUAGACUGCAACAAUUGAAUCAUUGUAACACCAAACAUGGUGAUGUAGUGGUUGAGACUUCAGACUUAAAGCUGAUGGGUACUGGGUUCGUAUGCCA